AUGUUCUCAAGGGGUGUGAACGAGAAUGUUCUCAAGUCAGAGGGGCACAACGUGCCGAAGCCGAUGACGGAGACGGAGGAGGCCAACGCGGAGCAGCACAGGAUGAAAUUCUGGUACAACUACGUCGACCCCAAGCACAAGGACCACAAGCGUCCUGUGGUGGACGUGUCAUCGCCGUUCAACGCGCUUGAUGAGACUCACCAGGCCCGUCGCUACGGUGUGCAGAAGGUAGCUGUUGGCUUCUUGUCGCUGAACGAAUUUAUUGGCGUUCAUGAGGAGGUACCCUACACGGAGAGUCACCACACAAGUGAGAUCUUCCGGUUGUGGAUGGUGGGGCUGAAUGUAUGGUAUAUGAACUACUUCAUAGCACGUGCGCAGGUUUCUGGCAACGCGACCGGCAACCCGCGUACCAAGUUUGCCUGGACGAUAGCGAUGAUGAUGGGCAUGAUCCGCGUGAACAUCGCUGGCCUCAUCGGCGUUGGCGGCUACUUCUACUCUUACGAGUACCUCUACACCCACGGCCCGAAGCUGUUCCGCAUCGGCAACCCGACCCCUAAUGGGUGGAAGCGAGCCUGGGAUGACGGCCAGGAGUGCUACUUGCCGCGCGCCGCUGCCAGCGUUUUUCCGGCGCUCGGCUACGCCUUCUUCAUGGGUCGCUGGAAGAAGUCGGGUUUCUGGUUCAUGGCCACGCUCGGCACCGGCCUCUACUACGAAUACGCCCGCCGCAACAUCCUGUCCGGCUCUCGGCUCUUCUACAGUUACCUGGCCAAUCAGGAUUCCCAGCGCCAGGCAGCCUGGGGAUCCCUGGCACCGAACCUGAAGCACCGCGUGGACCCGGACACGAACCGCAACGAGAGCGUUGCGCAGUUCAGGUACUUCCGCAUCACCUCUGGUACCUUGCAGGACACGGUCUGGGACAACUGCACGCACGCGACCCAGCCCCUCGCCCAUGGUGGCAUCAAAAUCCCGAACCCGUACUUCAAUUGGGUCAAAGCCCCGCAGAACUACAAUGCAAAGCCGUGGAGGGUCAAGAAUGACAUGUGGGAGAUGCCUCAGGUCAUGAACGCGCAGAUGCGGAGCAGUGCGAUGGACUAG